AUGAAGCUUAUGGCCGCCGCCGUUCGCCGCCGCCGUUCGCCGCCGCCGCCGCCGCUACCGCAAAUAGAAAAGUCAUCUCUUCUCUCUUCGCACAACGAUCGCACUUCGUCUUCUCUCUUCGCACAACGAUCGCACUUCGUCUUCUCUCUUCGCACAACGAUCGCACUUCGUCUUCUCUCUUCGCACAACGAUCGCACUUCGUCUUCUCUCUUCGCACAACGAUCGCACUUCGUCUUCUCUCUUCGCACAACGAUCGCACUUCGUCUUCUCUCUUCGCACAACGAUCGCACUUCGUCUUCUCUCUUCGCACAACGAUCGCACUUCGCAUGUCGAUUGGAGCUUGUGAAGAUGUUUGUGGGAGUAGAACUUCCUUUUCGAUUUGUGGAGAAUGUGUUUUUUCGGAACUUUGUGAAUGCCUUACAACCACAAUUUGAUAUUCCAUCCCGCACUACAUUAAGGCGUGCUAUUUGGUCACUUUUUGAUGCGGAGAGAGAAAGACUUAAAAUUUUCAUCUCAAAACAUUGUGGAAGGGUUUGCCUUACGACGGACACAUGGACUUCUAUUCAAAAUCUAAGCUACAUGAGUCUAACUGCACAUUUCGUUGAUAAAAAUUGGAAUUUGCAUAAGAGAAUCUUGAAUUUUUGUCAAAUCACGAGCCAUACAGGAGAGUUCAUGGCCAAGGAAGUCGAGACAUGCUUAAAUGCUUGGGAGUUGAAUCGUGUCUUUAGCAUAACAGUAGAUAAUGCAUCAUCUAACGACGUUGGAAUUAAAUUUAUGAAGAAGUGGAUGAAUGCAAGGAAUUGUUUGCUCUUGAACGGAGAAUAUAUCCAUAUGCGGUGUUGUGCACAUAUCUUGAGUUUGAUUGUAAAGGAAGGUUUAAAAGAUGAGGACAUAUCUAUCAUAAGAAUCCGGAAAGCAGUCAAGUAUGUGAGAUCGUCUCCUUCGAGAUUGGCAAGGUUUAAGGGAUGCGUUGAAAGGGAGAAAAUUUCUUAUAAAGGUCUCAUAUGUCUAGAUGUGGAAACUAGAUGGAAUUCCACAUAUUUAAUGUUAGUAACGGCUGUGAAGUAUAAGAAAGCAUUUGAUUUGUUAGAAAUUGCCGAUGCUAAGUAUGUCAAAGAAUUAUCUAAGGAUAAAGGCCCUGGUGUGCCUCUAUCCAAGGAUUGUGACUUUGCUAAUACGAUGCUUCCCUUUUUGAGGAUUUUCUAUGAUGCUACUAUGCGUAUUUCCGGCUCUUCAUAUGUUACUAGUAACAUAUAUAUGAAGGAGCAUAAAGUUGAUGGGGAUUAG